CCUAUCGUCGUCAUCAAUUUUGAGGAACACGACCAACCUGGUAAUCUCCAAACAUUGGAAGCGAACUCCCCGACAUGCUCUAGCCUCACAACUUACCUGACGGCUCCCUCCCCAGCCCACUCCAAAACAACUUGAUCCAAGUCUCGGACCAAGGGAGAGAUGGCCGGGGGCACAGGCCAGAAGUUCGAGACGACGGUGACGGUGAUCGCCGGCGUCGCGUCCCUCGCCGCGACGUUGAUGUCGAUUGUGUCAAUAUGGCUGCAAACCAAAAACUACCGGAAACCUCUUCUCCAACGCUAUGUCGUUCGCAUCCUCCUCAUGGUCCCAAUAUACUCCAUCUCGUCAUGGGUCAGCAUGGUCUCGCAGACAGCGGCUUCCUUAUUUGAUCCCAUCCGGGAUAUCUACGAGGCUUUCACCAUCUACACCUUCUUCCAACUCCUGAUUAACUACCUCAGUGGCGAGCGAGCCCUCAUCAUCAUGACGCAUGGCCGCGAGCCCGUUCAUCACCUUUGGCCUCUCAACCACGUCCUCCCCCGCGUCGAUAUAUCCGACCCUCAUACCUUCCUCGCCAUCAAGCGCGGCAUCUUGCAAUAUGCCUGGAUGAAACCGCUGCUUUCUCUGGCAGCCAUCAUCAUGAAGGCUACCAACACCUACCAAGAGGGGUAUAUUGGGCCAAGCUCCGGCUAUCUCUGGAGCGGCAUCAUUUAUAACAUCAGCGUCACCGUCAGCUUGUACUCGCUAGGACUGUUUUGGGUCUGCAUGAACGACGACCUCAAGCCCUUCCGACCAGUGCCAAAGUUUCUCUGCAUCAAACUGGUCAUCUUUGCCUCCUAUUGGCAAGGCUUUUUCCUGUCCAUCCUCGUGUGGCUGGGCGCCAUUCCGGACACGGUCGACAACUACACCCCCGACAACUUGGCUGCGGCCAUCCAGGAUUUUCUAAUCUGCAUCGAGAUGCCGGCCUUUGCUGUGGGUCACUGGUAUGCCUUUUCUUGGCACGACUUUGCAGACAACAGGAUUGCCUCGGCUAGAAUGCCGGUACUGUAUGCCAUAAGGGAUGCAUUUGGAAUCCGCGACCUCAUCCAAGACUCAAAGGAGACGUUCUCGGGUGACAAAUAUGGCUACCGCAUAUUUGACUCGGGCGACAAGAUUAUGGCACACGAAGCUUCAAAUUCGCGGCUCGCGCGCCUGAAAGACGGAAUGCGCUAUGAGCGGGGAGGCAAAGCCAAGUACUGGAUUCCGAAGCCCGACGAGAUCAACGAGACAACACCGCUUCUAGGAAACGGCGGGCCGAGCAACAGGAGAAGCGAAUCUCUCUCUCCACAUGUUAACAGCCUUGAUGAGCUUAUGCUAGAUCCCGAUGAGGAGCUCUUAUAUGACAGCGCCCGGAAGCUAGAGUUUGGGGACUGGAACUAUCCCGUCAUCACAGCAAAUGAGCCGGCACGUGAGCGUGGCCUAUCGCCGCGUCCAAGCCUCUACCAGCACACUCCCACUGGCAGUUUUUACAAUCAGUCUCGGAGUAACUCUGUGCCAUCGCUUAAUCCUGCGUCGCCAUUAGAAAGGCGUAAGAAGUUUGCACCGGAGGCACCGCCUGUCGAUGGGCCUAAAAAGGACAAAAAGGGGAAGAAAAAGGCGGGUCUAGAUCCUAAAGGGGGUAGCGCGGCUCAAGACAUGGGAAGCGAUCCGCUAGAGAUUGCCUACGGUCCCGUGGUUGGCACCCAUUUAAAAAUCACAGCAGAUGAUUUUAACAUUGACGAAGACAAAAGCUCUAACAAGCCGCAGCCCGGCGCAGAUGAAGACGAACCAGGCUCGGCACAGAUUGAAGAUGAUAGCUCAAUACGAGAAGAAGUAAACCAUUGGGGCAGGGAAAGCGAAGAAGGUACGCGUCCGCAAUAUAAUGUCGGAGUCGCUGAGGAGUUUCAUAACGUCUGGGGGAAGUGACCGGGCGAAAUAAAAUGCACUUGUCUUGCUGCCGUCAUUUCUGGCUCUGCUUAGAUACCCCUAUUGUAAGCUGCGAUCACUGUAUUAAAGGCACAAUAGAUUUGAUGCCGGAAACUGCGUGAGGCUUUGUACAUCGUACCUUAAGCUUGAAAUUAGGUCUUAUUUCAGCUAGCAUUUAUUCUUUUUUUUUCGAGCCUGAUUUGGCUACUUGGCUG